AUGCAAGGACAGGGCCUGUGCAGGGGCUGGGUUGCCGCGUCGGCGCCCCCGCGGGAUGACGUGGAUGCUUCGCGGCUAGCGCCUCUUCCGCCCAGGCCGCGGGUCGCGGCCGCCCUCGCUGCUUUGAGGCGCGCGUGCUUUGGCCGCGACAGUACACAGCGCUGCACUCACAACACCACCCUGAACCACAAAUUCGCACACUCUGGGCCCCCUGUCUCCGCCCUCCUCAGCUGGUGGAACCGCCACGUGGCCAACCCCAUCCGCACCCACGGAUACCAGGGAAAGGGGCGCGCCGCCAUGAUGGUCCUGAAGCGCGAGAUCCUGCCGCGCAUCCUGCUGCGGCGCACCAAGGUGCAGUGCGCGGACGACCUGGCGCUGCCCCCGCGCACCCUGGUCCUGCGGCGGGAGCGCUUUGACGAGCGGGAGGCAGACUUUUACGAGGCGCUCUACACCCAGAGCCGCGCCCAGUUUGACGCCUUUGUGGGGGCCGGCACCCUGCUCAACAACUACGCGCACAUCUUCGACCUGCUCAUCCGCCUGCGGCAGGCCGUGUGCCACCCCUACCUGGUGGUGCACUCCACCACGGGCAGCAACAAGGCCGCGGCGGCGGUCGCCACCGCCGCUGUGGACGCUGCUGGGGCCGAGGACGGGACGGCAGGCCCCAGCGGCGGCGCCCAGGACAGCAGCCCCCAGGCCGGCGGCGGGCGCCGCGGCAGCGGCGGCGCGACGUGCGCUGACGACGGCAGCUGCUGCCUGUGCCACGACCCGCGUGAGGACGAGGUGGUGGCGGCGUGUGGCCACGGCUUCUGCAGGAGCUGCGUGGUGGAGUACAUCGAGAGCGUGGGGCCGGCGACCUGCCCAGCCUGCCACAAGCCGCUCACCCUGGACUUCACACGCCACAGUGGCGACGCGGCGGCGGCCGCGCGCGGCGGCGGCGGCGGGUGCGGCGGCGGCGGCGGCUCAUCGUCCGUGCGCGUGCGCAAGGGCGGCAUCCUGUCGCGCGUCGCGCGGGACAAGUUCCAGAGCAGCACCAAGGUGCAGAGGCGCGCGGCGCAGCGGCGCGGGCCGCGGCCGCUGGCCGGGCCCGGGGGCAUUGAGGCGCUGCGCUAUGAGCUGGACCGGAUGGUGGAGGCAGACCCCAGCGCAAAGGCCAUCGUGUUCUCUCAGUUCACGUCCUUCCUGGACCUCAUACACUUCAGGCUGGAGCAGGUGGGCAUCACCUGUGUCAAGCUGGAGGGCAGCAUGAGCCUGGAGCAGCGCACAAAGGUCAUUGACUCGUUCAGCAAUGACCCGGGGGUGAGGGUGUUCCUAAUGAGCCUCAAGGCCGGCGGCGUGGCCCUCAACCUGACUGCGGCCAGCCACGUCAUGCUCAUGGACCCCUGGUGGAACCCCGCGGUGGAGCAGCAGGCGCAGGACCGGAUCCACCGGCUGGGCCAGUUCAAGGCCAUGAGGGUGACGCGCUUCGUGCUGGGCGGCACCAUUGAGGAGCGCAUCCUCAAGCUGCAGGAGAAGAAGCAGCUGGUGGGCGGUUUUCUCUUCGUUGAUAUCACCCCCCCCCAAAAUGCACCGUAG